CUUUACUGCAAAGAUAGCAGUCUUUAUUCGCUAAUCUACAAGGUCUCAUAUUCCUCAUAUCAAUCUCCUUCCGUAAGCCGCUGAUUAUCUCGUCACCGAGUUACCCCACCGGACUUUAUCCACAUCAUGGGAGAUGUUAAACCUCUCAUCAACGCUCUUCACCCCUCCGUGGUAGAUAGAUUGGAUCCUCAGUUUGCUGGAAUUUACACCAAAUAUCAAGCGCCCAAAAUCAGAGCCGACCAAGUAACCUACGAGGAAUACAACGCCGAUAGAUCCAAAUACACCUUCCCAAUCGCCCCGGGUCCCUGCCCAGAAGUAGGCUGCAUCAAAUUCUUCACGAUCCUCGUCUCAGACCCAGCAGGAGAAAUCACAAUCCAACUCUUCGCUCCCACCGAAGAUGCGAUUUCCAAAGGCGGCCUGAGAACGAAAGACGGGGAACUGCCAGCUCAUGUGAACUACCAUGGCGGUGGAUUUGUCAUCGGCAAUCUUAAGAGCGAUGAAUCUUGGUGUCGACAAGCAUGCCAGGAUGUUGGCUGUCUGGUGAUUAAUGUCGAUUAUAGAUUGGCGCCGGAGUUUCCGCAUCCUGUUCCUCUGACUGACUCCUGGACCGCUCUCACGUGGGUGUUUGAUCACGCGAGGGAGUUGAGAGUUGAUUCUUCGCGGGUGUCUAUUGGAGGGUUGUCUGCUGGUGGGCAUAUCGCCGCUGUACUCGCGUUGUUGGCAAGAGACGACCCGGAAUUACCGAAGCUGGUACUUCAAAUGUUGGUUGUACCAGUCGUGGAUACUAGAUUCAUUCCAAUGGAGGGCUCUUGUCAUCCUGAUGUACCAUAUGAGAGUUAUAUCAAGAACGAGUUCGCUCCCUGUCUGCCGCUCAACAGGUUGAGAUGGUUUUAUAAGUUGUGGUUAGGGACUGAUAUGGAAGUAAGAAAGAAGAUAACGAAGGACUUUCGAGCAUCGCCUAUACUUGCAGCAUCCCACGCAAAUCUCGCUCCGGCUUCGAUUCAUGUCGCCGGUGUUGACACUCUAACUUCGGAGGGGAUAGCAUAUCAUGAAGUGCUCACUAAAGCGGGAACAUCGAGUACUUUGAAGGUUUAUAAAGGAUGUGGUCAUCCAUUCCGACAUUGGGAUGGGCAGUUAGACAAGGCCAAGGAGUACGUGCAAGAUACUACUACGGCACUAAAGAAGGCUUAUAAACAUGACUGAAGACACUAGGGAACGCACUGCAAAAAUAUGGUAUACAGGAUUCUUCCCAUGCUUUGACCGUUGAGAUUAUGGUUUCCUUUUGUCUAGCUAAUAUCCUUUAUUCUUAUUAGCCUACUUAAGGAGAGCUUCUCUCCUAGCAUUAGAU